GCAAGCAUCUAUCUCGUUCUUACUCAAGUUCAUUCAUUCAUUCUAUUCUAUUCAACUCAUUCUCGUUAGUUUGUAGUAGUGGAUGGUUGUGCUACUGCUAUCAAUUUCACCGGAAAAAUUAAUUUAAAUCAUACGUACACUGUCAUUAAUAAACUUUGUUACUAAAAGUUCGGAUAACAAGUGUAAUCAGUGAAUUAUUGUCCAACAGAGUGUUUUUUUUUUAAAUAUAUCGGCAUACGCAAGAUGUUAGCGGGAAGUCGCCUGGCCUGACGCGCGUUAGAAAUCUGCCAACAUGAAGCAACUCGACAACAAGAACCUUAACACGUUAAAAUGCGUGCUCUUCUGUUUUCUAGCAGGAGUGGGCUGCAUAUUCCCUUUCCUGCCACUGCACAUGACCGAGGCCGGCGCGGGCCUGAGUCGCGGCGAGGCGCGCCUGAUAUCCGCCGUCGCGCCGUGCGUCGCGCUCCUCGGACCCGCCAUUCUGGGACAUCUCAUUGAUAAGCUAUCCAUUGGUCGCGGUUCCACCAGCGGCGGAGGACCCAGCGGCUCCGGUCGCCUACUGCGUAUCGUCACUGCCAUCUGUCUUAUCCUCGGAGCCAUCUUCUACACGCUACUGUUGGCCGUACCUUAUACCAACCGGGGCAAUGCUCCCCGCCCGAUCGUGUGGUUCUCUUGCGACGAGAACGGUGCGUAUGUGACGCAAGACAAGUGCUCGGAAGGCAAGCAGUGCCACUAUGUUUCCGAAGAAAAGAGGGGCGUAUUGGCCUUGGGGCUGUGCGAGUACGGCUGCGGAGACGCCAACAUGACGUGGGUGCGGACUGUGUACCCCACCACCUCCACCCCCAUCAACAUACCGAACAUGUGGAACAAAUACUUCAAUUUCACUCAGGUCGUUUCUGACGACGAUGACUACGACAUUCAGGAGCACCCGCCCCACUUGUGCAUCGACGGGCAGUGCCACGUGUACAUGAACUACAAGUCGCGCAUGGUCGUGCCCAUGGCCAUCCAGCCGUACGACGAGCUGUACGACGACAACAACACAGACUACUGCUCCUACCGCGUCGGCGGCGCGAGCUGCACGGUGCCGCCGGGCCGCGUGCCCGACGGCGAGGACUGCGUGCCCACCGUGCGGUGCCAAGUGCUGGACCCCUACGACGAGGAAAACUCUGUCAUGGGCCACGCGGAGUGCAAGAUCUACACCGGGGACCCUACCGCCACUUUCUGGAGCUACUUUGUUAUAAGGAUCCUCUCCGACAUAUGGCCCACGGCGGCGCUGGCGCUGCUGGGCGCGGCCUGCGUGGUGGCCACGCGCGAGACGUCCAUCGGGCGCGGCGACGUGGGCCGGCAGCUGGCCGUGGGCACGCUGGGCCUGGCCGUCUUCCCGCCCAUCGCCGGGGCGGCCUCGGACGCCAUGCCCGACGACCCGUUCCUCGUGCCCUUCAUCAUGCACGCUGUCUUCAUGCUGAUUGGCGCUGCCAUUUUACUGUUGGAUAGCAACAUGCCGCUGUCGACGCCGGAGUGGUGGUGGCACACGUCGACGGGCAUGCUGGCGCUGCCCAUGAACGCGGUGCGGCGGUACGGCGCCGAGACGGCCGCCAUCUUCGCCGUCGUCACGCUGCUCGGCGUGCUGUGGAGCGGCAUCGACUCCUACCUGCCUUGGACGGUGAAGGACCUGAACGGCACGUCGACGGAGCUGGGGCUGACGCUGGCGCUGGGCGCGCUGCCGGCCGCGCCCGCGCUGUGGUGGGCCGAGGCGCUCGUGGACUACGUGGGCCACUCCAACGUCUUCAUCACGGCCUUCACCUUCUACUGCCUCAGAUACACCGGUCUGGCGUACAGCACCGAGUACACGUGGAUAGCGGUGGUGGAGGCGCUGGAGGUGUUCACCAUGAGCCUGGUGUGGGUGACGGCCGUGCUGUACUUCCGCCACCUCGUGCCGCGCAAGUACACCGCCACCGGCCAGGCGCUGCCGGUCAUCGCGCACUUCUGCAUCGGGCGCUGCAUCGGGGCGAUAGUGAGCGGCAUGGUGAGCAUGAGCCCGCCGCUGGAGAGCGCGCGCGCGCUGUACCGCGCGCUGGGCGUGCUGGCGCUGGCGGCGGCGGCCCUCUACCUGGCGCUCUACCACCUGCUGCUGGCGCCGCGCUGCGCCGCGCCCCCCGCGCCGCCGCCCACACACCUGCUGCAAGCUUCUACUGUAGACGGACGUCUUAAUGGGAAAGGCUUGAACACGAACGGAGGAUCCAACGGCACCUACUCGCCGACGCGGGUCUACCACGAGGAGCGCUCCAGGAAGGGACACUUCCGCUAUUAACUACACAUCACCCAAUCAAUCUCGCAAAAAAAAGAACUCACUGCCCACAUACAGACAAUGCUAAACAAAGCAGUGAUUUAAACUUUCACGAUUUUUACACAUUAUUAACUAACACAAACGCGAUUAAGUCCCGUUUGUGUUAGUUAAAUGCUGAACAAUUUUGUUUGAAAUGAAAAACUAUAACCGUUGAAUCGUGUUGGUAUGACAUUAAAAUAGUGUAUACGGUUUUUUUAUUACAACUCGUUCGUAUCAAAAACUAACGAAUUUUCGUCGAAUAAAACGCAUUUAACUGACUUGUAACAGAGGUACGCUGCUCCACAUUUACGUACGAGUGACACAUUUUCAACGUAAUACUGAACACUAAGGUGUAAUCGGGUAAUUCCGAAAGUUAAAAACACAAAAAAGUGGCGGAAAUUUCGAAAAGGGACUUACUACAACGGAAUAUGAGUGAUUUUGAAAUGAUUUUCGGGAUUUUUUUUAUACUACGUCGGUGGCUAACAAGCAUACGGCCCGCCUGAUGGUAAGCAGUCUCCGUAGCCUAUGUACACCUGCAACUCCAGAGGAGUUACAUGCGCGUUGCCGAUCCAACCCCCCCCCCCCCUCCCUCUCGUUGAGCUCUGGGAACCUUACUCACCGAUUACCCAAUUUCCAAAUAAACUAGGUGAAUAUGGUCAAUUGCUAAAGUCUAACAAGAUCUGAUUCGUGCCUAUGUAGAUGUACUAGAUGUCUAUAAACUAAAUAAAUGUCUUUAAAUCGUAACAAAUACUUAAAUUGAUAUCACAAACAUAGUUGUAAUGUCGCAUAAGAUGAAUGUUGUAAUAAUGGGUACACAAUUGUGAUAUUUUAAGUGCUUUUUUACUAAUAGAAUCAAGUUUUUUUUUAAUCAAUUAAUAUUUAUUUAACAGUUGGACUGUUACUACUUAUUAAUAUUGUUUGCAUUUUACCUAGUUAUUUUAGGUAUACAGUUAUAUGACAAUUUGAAAUAAAGUUAUUUUACAACCA